CAUGGCCUGGUCACACUAGUUGUGUUUAGGUUGAUUAUUUUCCUUAUUUUGCGUGUAAAAUGUUGUGUUGUGAAAAGCGCAAUUUACUUGCAAUGCUUAUGUAGUUUUUCAACCAGCUAGUGGCCAAUGUGCAAGCCAAUAAUGUUAACCGUUUGACGGCAUUAUACCAACUGCAUGGCAGCGCCUGUCUAGCCAAACAGCAGCCCAGCAAAGUGAAGGCGUGUGAACGAGCGAGCGUGUGAGUGAAGAGAGGAGAGGAGUGGAGUGUGGAGUGUGUGUGGAGCGGAGCGCAGCGCGUUUUCUGUGUGUUUUGUGUGUGUAUAUAAUGGACAAGUUAAAAAACAACAACAAAGAACAUGCAGUUAUUGCAUCAAUUGAGUGCUCCUAUACCAAUGCUGCUGACGCCGAUGUGGAUGUGGAGAGCAACAAGAGCACGCCCACACCAUAUUUUACGCCCCUGGAGUAUUUGCAGACCUCCUUUGAGUUCCCAUCGCCCACAACAGCAGCAGCAGCCGCUGAGCCCGCACGAGCCUGCUGCGAUGAGGAGCCACUUUAUACACCCAAACAGUUUACAAUUUGCAAUCCCAAGCAGCAGCAGCAGCAGCAGCCAACACAACAGUUGCCGCAAUCGCCGACGACGCUGAAUCGUAAAUUCAAGCGAUUCUCUUUAUACGAUCGCCGUUCGUGCUCGCCGCAGGACGGACGCAUCUUUGCCAACAAGGAAAAUACAAUACCAAAAAAAUGCAACACCGAUAACGAUCACGAUAGUUUGUAUUUAUCGAAAAGCGAACACAACUCACCCACAAUCCUUUUUAGAGAUGACAGCUCAACGACGACAACAACAACACCAAACCUCCUUAACGACUCGAGCCGCCUUAGCUACUCACCGAAACUACUCGCCUCUAUAAAUAAUCUCAAUUUGAAUCAUUCACUUGGCGGUUCACCGCUAAACAUCAUCAAUUCUGCGGGCUAUAAAAAUGGCAAUUUCUUUCGCUUUCCCGAAAUCGAUCAUGUGGUCCAGGAUAUGGUGCCGCCCGCAACUGCUGCUCUGGCAGCCGAGGAUCCUGACAAUCAGCAGCAAGCAAAUGCUGUCGCAGUUGCCCAACUGCAGCAGGAGGCGGGCAAUCGCCGCAAUCGCAAGAAUAAAAACAAUCUCACCAUACGCAUCACAGAUGUGCAGCUGGCCAGCAAAGGCAGCUCAGCACAGCCGGCAUCCCCAUCAACGCUGGCCAAGCCAAAGACGCCCACCAUUAAGUGCACCAAGGAGAAGGCACGGUCCCUGGACUCGGCUGCCAACGAGACGGAGCUCUCGAUUGUGGUGCAUCACAUAAAUGAAUCUCACGAUAUGUCCGCGCCGGGCAGCAGCAGUGGUCAUGCCAAUGCGAGCAAUAUGCUCAUGCAGCCAAGUGCCUCCAGCCUGUACUCCACCUCUCUCUCCCGGCUGGAUACGCAACAGUCGCUGCAAUUUCGGCGCACCAUGCGCCGCAAAUCUCCCGGCCUGAACAACAGCGAUUGGCAAAUGUAUCAUCGGAAACAAAAUCCAUAUCAGAGUUCACUGGACACAGAUGAACUUAGGUCGGCGUCCAGUACGGACAGCAACAGUGGCAAAUUUUCGUUGGGCGCCAACUUGGCGCCGCGCAGCGCACACAAACUGAAUCCGAUGCUGCACUCGUCGAGCACCAAUUUAAAAACGUUGCCCGAGUGCCUGACACUGGUGGAGUUUACGCCAAUCGUCGGUGUGGAGUCGCCGUUCAAGCAAAAGUCCAUGGACUUGCCCGGCAGUGGCCACAUCCAGGCUAAGAGCAUGGCCAGCUCCAUGAAUCUGCUGCAGCGUCGCGGCUCCAAUCACAGCCUCACACUGAAUCUGCACAGCUCCUGUGGCAAUCUGAUGAACAGCGGCCUGAGCGUGUCCAAUUAUAGUUUGGGCUCGGUGAGCAACUCCAAGUCCAGCUGCAAUCUGGAGCAGCAGCAGCAACAACAGCUGCAGCCGCCGUCGUAUCAACAACAGCAGCAGCAGCUGCACAAUCAAUUAACUGUCGCUGCGGCCAGCGUGCAGUGCACGCGCCAGGGCUUGUUCCGGCGGCGCGGCUCCAAUCACAGCAUCACACUAAAGAGUCACACGACCAACUCGUGCGGCGAGCUUAACUCCAUGGCCCAGACUCAGACGCCCAGCCAUGUGACCACGACGCCCAAGCGCGGACUGCUCGAGCGGCGCGGCAGCAAUCAAAGCCUGACGCUCAACAUGAGCGGCCAGCUAAUUGGUGGAGUUGGCGUCGCUGCAGAGCAGCUGCAGCCCAAGUUGACCGUGUGCAGCUGUGGUGCUGCCAAUGCCGCCCAAUCGCCGCAUCAGCGCAAGUUCUUCAGCACGGAGAAUCUGAACAGCAAUCGUGGCGGCAACAGUUCGCAGUAUUUGGACUUUAGCAGCAAGCAGCCGUUGUGCUUUGGCUCCGCUUCGGAUUUGCAGCCCAGCGAGCAGUCGAAGAACAAGUCGCCCGCGGCUCAUGCCGAGCCCGGCGUUGUUCUGUGCAGCUGUGCGGCUGGUGGAGGCGGCGUCGGCGUUGGAGUCGGUGUAGGCGUGGGCGUGGGCAUACGCAACAUUAUGACACGUCCGCUCUCGCCGCAAACGACUAGCGAGGAAUUCAAAAUCUAUUUGGCCAGCAUACAGAUGCUGCAGAGCGCCUCGAAUCCGCUCAAUCAGUACGAUCUGAUCAAGCUGAAUCAUGUUUUCGAUGACAGCUACAAGGUGAAUUUGGAGCAGCCGCCGGUGCUGGUGCUGGGACGCGGUGAGGGCGGCACGCCCACAAAUCAAGUGCCACCCACCUCGGAGGAUAGCGAACUGUUGGCCAUGUAUCAGGCGGUGGUUAAGCGUAUUGUGACGCCUCUGCCCCAGCUGAGCGAUGAUGAACAGAAGCGCAUAUUUCGUGAUCUGCACAAGGAGUUCUGGGAUUUGCCGCUCAAUCAUCAGGAGAAGCCGAUGGUGUUUGGCUCGCAGACAAAGAAUCGCUACAAAACGAUUUUGCCCAAUGAACAUUCGCGCGUGCUGCUCGAGAGCGAGGCCACGGAGCUGUUGAAUCUGCAACAGCAGCACCAGCAGAGCUGCCUGCUGCAGCCACAAACCAGCAGCGAGGAGCUAAUCAGCAAAACGACGCUACUGGCCAAUGAGGAUUUGCCCUACAUCAAUGCCAAUUACAUCAAGGGCCCGGACUAUGUGUCCAAGUGCUAUGUGGCCUCGCAGGGUCCUCUGCCCAAUACAAUUUUCGAAUUUUGGCUAAUGAUCUAUCAGAAUACGCAGCGUUAUAUACGCCGCUGCAUGGACGGCGGCGGCAGCAGUCCGCAUGUGGACAGGACACACAUCCUGCAGCAGUACUAUCAGAAGAUCGUAAUGCUCACCAAUUUCACGGAAUGCAAUCGGCAAAAGUGCGCCAUUUAUUUUCCCAUCGAGCUAAACGAAAUUUUUGCUGUGGCCGCCAAGGGUGAAGUCUUUGAGCUGAGCGCGCUGGCACGCGACUACUUUGAGCCGCAUCUGCUGCCAACGCUGGACAGUGUCGAGUGUGGACUCACUUCUAGUGAGCUGCAGCAGCCGGCAACCGAACGGGAGCUCAACAAUCGCUGGCACAUAGCCAUCGAUUCGCUUAAGGUAACGCUGAGCGAAUCAUUGCGCCGCACCCUGCCCGCCGAUGGCAGUUUCUUUUUGGCCAAAAAUGUGGGCAUUGUGCGACGCAAUGGCUACUCCGUGCGCAAGCUGGUGGUGCUCUACUGCAUCAAUGUGCCGGAGAGCGCGGGCCGGCUGGAGUAUUAUUUGCAAAAGAUCUGCUGCUAUCAUUAUUGGUAUCCGGAUUGGCCGGAUCAUCAUUCGCCGCGGGAUAUUAAUACGCUGCUGGACACCUGCCUGCAUGUGCUCAAUCUGGGCAAAUGCGAGUCGGAGUUUGAUAAUUAUGAUGACAAGCGCUACACGCGCAAUGCCCAUUUGAGCGCCCAACGUCUGGAGAUCUACAAGCAGGACAUCUUCAAUGCGGUGCAACCGUUGCCGGUGAUACACUGCUCGGCGGGCAUUGGACGGACCGGUUGCUUUACGGCCAUACUGAAUGCGGUGCGCCAGCUGCGACAAUCCCUUGCCUAUUCGCUGACGGGCAUGUUGAGCCGAACGCUGACCAUGGCGGAUGUGGAGGCUAUACAGAAUGUCCGAGAUGCGGAUACAGAGUCCAGCUUUAGCUGUAAUACGAUAUUGCACAUCCAGCACAUUGUUGAGCAGCCGGAUGCGGUUAGUUUUGAUCAAUUGCCCAAGAUGCCAGACAUAUUUGUGGACAUCCUGGGCAUUGUUUGCAAUUUGCGGCUGCAACGCGGCGGCAUGGUGCAAAACUCGGAGCAAUAUGAGCUAAUACAUCGAGCCAUUUGUCUCUAUUUGAAGCGCACUUUGGCGCUGCGACGUUUUUAGAUUAGAUAAUUACCCAUAAAGAUGACAAUUUUGAUCAAGAUGACGAUCAAGAUAUAGUUGUAGACGAUGUCGAUGAUGAUGAAGAAGUUGAAGAUGAAGAACAAAACACCAAUUUACUAUUUGUAAAAGAAACAUUUUUGUGAAACUUAUUUUAAAAGCAAAACAAAAAGAAAAAGAAAAAGAAAAACAACAACAACAACAACAACAAAAACAAAUGCGAAUAACCAUGGCUAAAAGAGUCUCGAACAUAUAAACUUAUAUACAUCAAAUAUAGUAGUUAUAUGGCAUAGAGAAGAUAUGUUCUCAAUGUUUGCUAUAUAAACUUAUUAUCUAUUAUCUACACAUUAUUAUGAUUACGGAUUACUUAUUAUUAUUAUUACUAUUAUAAAUGUUUAUUAAGUGUUUUAUGGAUGUAUGUCUGUUCAAUGUGGUGUGCAUGUAUCUAUGUACAUAAGUGUAAAUGUUUUCAUUAUUUUUCGGUGUGAGCAAACAAACAAAACACAACUAUGCUUAAAAACAACAACAACAACUACAACUAAAGUUAAUUAUCCUUAUUAAUUACCUUACCUAACGAGCAACAACAACAACAACAACAACAGAAGCAACAAUGGUGAGUUGGUAAAAACUGUUCGGAAAACGUGAAAAGCUCAAACCCUUUAUCAAGUUGUCUCGGAGCCUGCUCCGUUUCUAACUGACUAAAACACCAAUUUUCACGGCUUCCGAACUGCCAGCUCGACCCUUGUCGUUGCUGUUCGUCGUACAAACCCAUAGUUACAGCUAGAGUUCUUUCAUGACAAAAACAAAAACAAAAACAAAAACAAAAACAAUUAUAUUGAAGAAAACAAAAAACUAAAAUGAAAUUUGAAAACUUGUAUUAAUGUUUAUGCAAUGGAACUAGUCAAAUAAAACUUAGAAACAUUUUAAAUGUAAUUAUAAAUGUGUAAAA